CCCCGUCCCGCCCCGCCCGGCGGAGGCAGGCGGCCGUGCCCGCGGCAGACGCGCAGCCCCGCCGCGACAUGGCCGGUCGCCGCCUCCUGGGGUUCCUCCUCGCCUCGGCCGCGCUGCUGGGCGCAGGUCAUGGGGACGACCCAGGUGACUUCAACCUAGAAGAUGCCCUGUAUGACCCCAGCGACAAGCGACCCACUCCCAAGGGCCCCAGAAAGCCGGCAGGUGGGACAGGCUUUGAUUUGGCUGAUUACUUUGACACCCCUCUGGAGACUACCACCAAACCAGCCAAGCCGACUCCAAAGCCCUUCCCCAGGCCAGGAAAGCCAGACAACAGCUUUUGGGAUGUCAUCCUCACCACCACAACCAAGCAGCCAAAAACUACGAGGGCCCCCCCCAAGCAUAACCCAGCAAAGAAUCCUAUGGAUUUUGACUUGGCUGAUGCCCUUGAUGAUAAGAACGAUAGGAAAGAUGCUGGGAGGCCGGACAUAAGGCCGGGUGAAGCAUUUUCAGACGACGACCUGGCCGGCAUUGUGGAUGGCGGCUACAGCCCGGACGAGAAGAAAGGUGGCGGGGGCAGCACCGACAACAACUACGGCGGAGUGGCAGAGACGGGGACGAUCGCCGGCAUUGCCAGCGCCCUCGCCAUGGCACUCAUCGGCGCCGUCUCCAGCUACAUCUCCUACCAGCAGAAGAAGUUCUGUUUCAGCAUCCAGCAGGGACUUAACGCGGAAUACGUGAAAGGAGAAAACAUGGAAGCUGUCGUAAGCGAGGAACCCCAAGUUAAAUACUCAGUACUGGAAACACAGUCAGCAGAACCACCAAAACAAGACGGCGCGAAGAUGUAAAGCAUGACCCGGGGCUGGAAAAGAAUCAGUCAGCAGCAGAUGGAGAUCUUAACAUGCUUGUAAUUUAGCUUUUUAUUUAAUUCGACUCCAAAGCUAUUUAAUGUAUACUUAAGCUUGAACUGGCUUCUUAUUGCUCUAGGCUUUAGGGUUAGAGUGGUAGUAUGUGUUUUAUUUUUUUUGUAAAGAGGUAUAUGUUUACAUUGGAGUAAUAUUGUAGGUUGGAUGUCCGGUUGUAUGCAAACCAACAGAAGGUGUGUCGGCAGCGGUCAAUUUUCAAUUAAGGGACAAGAUCUUUUUCAAGGAGCAGAAGAGCUUACAGGUGUGAAGGAGGACGGUGAAGUGCCUGUAAACAGCCAUCCAAAGCAAACCGCCCAAAGCCCUUUGUAAAGCCCCUCCAGCCCACUGCUGCCAUCGGCUACGGGCACCCCGCUUCCAACGGCGGCCAUGAAAACUGCACGUUUCCUGAGGGCAGAUCCCGGUCCCUGGCAUAGCUACACCCCAAAAUGAAGUGCCUACGGGUGGGUCCUCGGGGGAGCCUCGGGCUGAGGCAGGUGAUUCCCUGCUCCCAAGCUGGGAGUUGAGGAUGCUUCACCACCGCCCAGCACUGAGCUUCUAACCACGUAAAAGGACCCGAUUUUUCACACCAAGUGAUAAAUACAGGUAACAGCAGCGUGUGCAGCCUUCGCUUUUGGCAAAUACCGUUUGAAUGGUUGGCUCUGUGCUGGAGAUCAGAACGGAGCUGAAGGUGCCAAGUGAUACAGUUGGUCCGUGUGACACGAGAUCGUCACCGAAAUGAAAAACGUGGGUGUUUGGAUGCUCUCAAGGACAGGUUCAGAUCUCAUUCACACUAGAACAAAUUACAGAUUUAACCCAAAAGAAAACAAAUUAUGUAUCCAUUAAGAGCUGUAGCACUCACUACCACCAGAGCAGUGGUACUGGUACCGAGACCUGAACUUCACUGUCCUGCAAGAAUUUGUGUUUAUAUUUGUAGUCCCUCCCCAACCCUUUUUUAUCGCUGCUAAAGUGUGGAUGCUGCCACUUUCCAAUACAUUUAUCCAAAUCAACAAUUGCUUAAAAAGCAUGCUCUCAAGUGAAGGGAAAUUCACUUGGUGUCAAGAGAUACUCACGAUUUAUAUAUAAACCUGAAAUGUGCGCAUUUGGUACUGUUUUGCAAAUCCUGAAUUUUGCGAAUGUGUAUUAAAAAAACCAAAACAAAACCAAAAAAAAAACCCCCACCUUUCAGUUGGAUGUACAAAUUCACAGCUUUCAGGUAGCCGGGACUUGGAGGCGGCCUUGCCGGGAGGUGAAUGAGCCCCGGAGCAUUGCUGCCCAACUGCUCCCUCUGAAAGGAAAUCGCCUGGUAACGUGGUGAAGUAUUUUGCAAUAGCUGCACAAUUCUUUAUGCUCUUUUUAACACUUGCGUUUUUAAAGCCUUACACUAGCUCUAGCAGAACAGCGACAGCCUUUUGUAAGGGAGAUGAGUUGUAGGGAUAUAUGGUGCCUCACGCGCAUUCGGAAUACUGAGGCUACAAUACUGCUACGAACUCCUGCUGCUUUGUUUUAUGAAUGUGUUUGGAUUAGGAAACAAAACAUUUAAUUAUUGGCUGCUCAGAGAGUGGAAGCAGAGGAAAUAGAGGUGGGAUGGGCUCUGUUCGCUCACUCCCCGAGAAGGAUUCUCCCGGAGGAAGCAGGGCUGGGAUCAUCCCGUGCAGCAGCCCGGAUGCCGAUGAGCCACGCGGCCGAGAGGCUGCAUCUCCGUUCCCAAACGCCACCGCCUGUUUUUCUUUCUUAAGCAAACACAUUUGCAAGCCGUAGCAUGAAAAAUGUUUUUUAGAGAGUUAUUGUAGAUGAUGUGUUACCACACGGCAUUGAUGAACGCCAGGAGCCGUUUUCCUACCUUAGAUCAAGUGACCAUUUGUCAUCGUCAUUGUCCAUUUGUCGUUUUCCCGCCGCCUGGGGUUCCUGUAGGUGCAGGUGAUGGGGUUUAUCCCAUUUCUGUUACCCUGCCCACCCCGUUGCUCUAGAGCACGGUGCGAUGGAGCGUCCAGCAUCACUUAAAGAUAGAGCACCUACCCCUCCUUUGGGAAGCUCUUGCACUACAACAUAGGAGAAACACGUGUCUGAUCCACAAAUACUGCAGUUAGAAAAAAAAAAAAAAAGGGCAAAAAACCCCCUAUUUCACUGAAGAAGCCCGCCCAGUUUUUAGAACUCAGAAGUUGCUCUGUUCCCCAAGGCCUUUCUAUGACUUUGGUGAACACUUACACCUUAGUGUAAUUCCUAGGUAUGUAGAAAACCAUAAAUGCGCAGUGAACGGGAGCACUUUUUCCAAAAUUUACAGUAACAGGAUUAAAGAUCUCUUUCUCUAAGAUUUCAAAUAGGAAAAUAUUGACAAAUACCAAAAGAAAGAAACUAAACUUGGUCUCCUCUUCAAAACUGGACAAAAGUCAAAGUCUUAAUGUGCUAAAUGUCAGUAAAGGCUCAAUUUGCUUUUUAUUGCAGUCUGGCUCCUUCAUCUGAACUCUCGGACCAGUCUCUGAGAAACAGGGAGUUUAUACAUCAUUUAUAUUCUGGGCAUUAGAGCAACUGAGAGGAUUCCUGUGUAUUUCCCUAGUCGUGAUCCAAGUUCUGAAACAACUGACCCAGCACUGACCUCUCUAACUACUUUCAUGUAAUUAGUGUCUAUUCUCUUUAAAUCUGGACAUGGAAUUUCAAAAAAUCCUGCACUUUAGGUUCUGUAUACACGGUACGAACUUUCUCAUCCUUUAUUUAAAAAGGCCAUAAAAAAAUGGGAUUUUUUUUUUCUUUUCAUGAGUCCAAAAACUCUAUACAGACUUGCUCAGAGGGCUCACACUAACUGCGCUGCGAGCCCUUUUUCUUACCGCACUUCGCUUCUUCAGCUUAAUUAAAGCUAUUUUUGAUAAAAUUAUUCGGAAAAGGUUUCUCAAUUACAGAGAAAACAGAGAACUGAACGAAUUUAACUAGCUUUUUUCCUGUUGUUUAUCAAUUACUUGCAUUUUCCUUUGGCAAUACUGUAGGAUUUUCUUCAUUUGAGAUUUGGCAAUACUGUAGUAGUUUCUUUGUUUUAGAUUCUUCAGUUGAGAAUACUCUGACAUGAAUUUCUGGUACUAUAAAUUCCGUCAUUUCCAUGCAACUGCGCUAAGGAACCCUUACAAGUGCUAUAUUGUCAUUCUUAACUCCUCAUUUGUUGUGAUAAAAAUGGAAUUAGUCCAUAAUACCAUUUCAAAUUCUGAAAAAAGUAAGAUGAGUUGACAGGCUAAAAGGCUUUAAAAAUUUGCCUCUGCAAGAAAGAAGGUUCAGGAACAACUGAAGUUCAGAAACAACGGGACCGUGAAAUUAGAGCAUCCCUUCUUUGGAGGGAAGGUCUCACUCAGGAGCAACUUAGAAGCACUGUUUGCUGCUGCAGAAGCGACCUAUACCACAUGAAAGUUGGAUGUUAUGCUAUGAAAAGAUACGGUUCGUUUUGCUAAUGUGCAUGUUAAGGAUCACGGGGGUAAAAAAAUCAGAAUUUGACUACCAUUGGAAAACACCAAAUAAAACAAGUUGUCUAGUAAGACAUUUUA